AUGUCGCCCGGCAUGAAUCACUCUGUGCUGCGAACUAGCGAACCCGCAAAGCUUGCCCGAUAUUUCCAAGAACAAGGUGCACAACAUGGCAUCCAGGCAGUUACAAAGGAGCUUCUGGAAGGCAUCGAGAAUGAGUCGCUCCCACCUACGAUAUACGGCAUCUGGUUGAACGCGAGCGGUGACUGUCAAGCUGUCCAUGCGGGACUAAUUCAGCAUUUCUCCAGAAGCGUUCGACAUGCGUCAAGCGUCAAAUUCGGCCGAAUCCUCCGCAGCGAUCGUGCGAAAGAAAUCUGGCAAGCCGUAGGUGGAACAUUGGGAAUUGUUGCAUUCCUCUCUCAGGCCGCUGUGCGGGAUGUCAAGCAAUUUUGCCAUGAAGUUGGGAGAGCAUGGUCCUCUCGAGUCGCAGUCGAAGUACGGCAACAGCUUGUGGAUGAGCUUUAUCUGGCACUGGUACAGCAGAACUUCAGCCCUUCCGUCAUCAAGGUCUUGGAACGGAGGCCUCUGAGAGCGCACUACCGCCGUGUCGCUCCGGCUGGCUCAACUGCUCUGGCCACAGUUCAUGUGCGAGGCAAUGACCAAGCAUUGAAGACCUCUUCUCUGGAAGCGCAUUCGAACUUCUUCCGGGAGCAAUUCCUACAGUCCUUGGCCGAUGAGACGCAAAAAGUCGAUUUUAACCGCAUGGCCGCCUUGCUCAACAUCAACUGCAACGAUCAAACGGCCUAUCAUGGACAUCGGCUUCCCGUCAACGUAGUUUUUGCCAUACAUGCACUGGAGGGUCUAUCCCAACGAGUAUAUGUCGAAGACUUCAAAUCUGGCAAGCUUCAUGCGCUACUAAGAGAAAAACUGUUUGCAAAGCUGUACAUACUCAAGAUCAAGCCGAAACUCGUUGCAGAAGUUGUUGAUUCGUACGCCCGGUACUUCGACAAGCACGUCAGGCGCAAGUACAAUUUCAGCUUCUAUCAGAAGAAGACCAUCUUAGAGUUCAUCGCACGCAAAUGGUGUCGGCACCCGCAAGAACUCACACCCUCACUCAUACGAGUGUUUCGACUAAUUCCCAAGACCCAGACCAUUCACUUAAUGGAUUUCGAAAAACUGCUGAUCGAAGUCCCUUGGUCGGCAAGACUCCGCUUAUUUGAACUGGCUGUGCAACACAUACCAUCUCUAGGGCACGACAUAUCAACAGAUCACGGUCUCAAAGCACUGUCAUUCGAAUGGACGGAAAGAUUCCUCUUGUGCUUAGACAAGCCUGGAGCUCGAAGAUUGUUCGAUCGACUGGUGAGGCUCAAGCCAGAUCUAUUCGGAACCGAGGAGAUCCAAGAAGUGUACCAGAUCAAGCGGGAUCCAACUUACCUCCGACUCUUGCUAGCUGUUGAGGACCCGGACCUGCUCCAGCUAGCCAACGCUGCGCUAGAUUAUCGUAAGAAGGAGGCCUAUAAGGCGCGAAAGCAGCCGGAGAGAUGUUUCUGGAUUCAGUACGCGUUGAGGUGCGCCACGGCUUCUUGCUCGCUCCCCUUGUAUCGAGACACGUUGGUCUGGGCGAGGAAGUAUACGAGAGAUCCUCUUACAGCUGCAGUCAUCUAUUCUCAAAGUGAUCUGCAAAGGAGCGACAGCAUCGCGUUGUUGCGUGGCUUCGGUGCAGUCGCCUCUGGAGGUUCAGCGGCCGAUGUGCAGCGCGAUGUGCAGCAGGCUAAUGUGAUCUGUCGGGAGCUGCUUGAUACCGCAUGCGAAGCGGUGGGUGAGCCAAGUUUCUCCAGGCACCACUGGACCGGAGUAUUCAGCCUGAUGGACGCUGUCGUCCACAGCAGAUUCAAGCACGUGAAUGCGCUACAGGACAAGCUCCAUAUUCCGAACGAGGCACUAUACGAAAUUGUCUGGCAAGAUACCCUCGAAACAUGCAUAAUCUUGGAAACAUUGGGACUUCAAGAUAGCAACGCAGACUUGGAGUUCAACAAAGUGGGUGGCCCACUCUGUAACACUGCCGAUUGGGGCUCGUUGAUCGUUGUUGAUGAUCCUCGGCCAGCGACAAUGCGCUUCUUAGAUCAGCUUGCUGUACGCCGAAAUCAGCUCUGGGAGUCAUACCGCCAAGCUGAGCGGCCAGCCGUUCUAACACUACCGGAAGUACAUCCGCGAGGACUGCCGUUUCAACACCUCCUGCCUGUUUCUCUCGUCAAUUGUAGAGAAGCAGCACAUAUCCCUUACUUACAGGAACGAGCCAGCCAAGCUGUAUAUGCCGAUCCUGAGUUUGCGAUGUCAGCACCUCCGGAAGAUGAAGAGACAAUCGCUGCCAUGGGACCUUUCGUGGAGAACUAUGGAUUUGCGCUAGGAAACUACGUAUGCUGGAGUUCAGAUAGACGAGCGACUGCGCUCAAUGCAUGGGAACACGCUACGGUCUCGCUCUCUGUUAGUCGAAUGUCUCCAGAGGAAGCGGUGUCCUUUUGGUCACCCAUAUUCGAGACGGCGUUAAGCAAUCUUGACCUCAAAGGGCCUUGGAACGAGACCCCAGUACCAUCAGGUAAUCUCGAGCUUCCAGCAAGCAAUGAUGGCGAUGGACAGCCGAUGGAAUGGAACCCAGACACAGAGUACAGGGACUUCGACGUCAAAUUUCGUCGUCUUCCGCGCACUAUGCUGGAUGUCAUGGUCAACAACCCUUUCAGCCGGCAUGGCUUGCAUGAGGAUAUCAAGUCCCGCUUGGAAGAUGAAUGUGAAGGACAUGUGCCUGCGCGAAGAACGACAUUGUUCUGGGAUCGUCAUCAAGAUAGACGUGCUUCACCGGCGACGAAAGAAGCGCUCAUUGCUGCUGUAUUGUUGUACAUCAGCGCGAAGAACCAAAUGACGCCGACUCUGCUAGCCGCUCCGUACCCGUCAGGAUUCGAUCCUAGGUACCCGGCUCUCUACCUUGACGGGGACUUUCUCAUGCGAGAAGAGCUUGACACGGACUCUAUAUGGGAUUUGCUGAAAAUGCUAGCGGCCAGAAUCCCUCCAACGCUGCUGCUGCGGCUCACCGAAGGUGUACUUAACGCAGCAGAUCAAACGCAGAAGCGUACGGCACAGGAUGCUCUCCAACUGUUGCAGUUGCUCGUCAAGUGUGACAAGCCGCAGGUGACGCUGCAGCUCGUUCAGCAGAUCAUCUUGGACCGCCCUGAGGACAGCUCAUGGCAUCGUAUGAUCCUUCAUCCAGGUCUUCUGAAUUCUCUACCGGAAGCUGUCGCGCGCGGAUUUCUGACAAGCCUGAGUGAAGAUAUACAGCUCAAGCUUGCUGGGAAGGUCGACCGCGACAGUACAUCUGCGGAUGAACAGCAACCAGCAGUGAAAGUAACGACGGUCAAGCUACUCGCACAAUUAAUGUCUGGAGCCGAGUUCAUCGAGGAGACUCAAGCUUGUCAGAUCUUGUUCUCCAUUCUGGCCGUCGCGAAGCAUGUUGAUAUCAUCGUUUCUGUUGUCCACAGCCUGGUUGGCAUCCUCAAAAGCCCGUCCGGCCAAGACGGAAAAGUGAACCUCAUCCUGGACGCCUUGGAACGAUUCGUUGUACCGAUCAUCUCAAGCAUCAAUGAGCGAAUUCCACUGCGCGAGCAACAGUGGCAGCAACUAGAGCGCGAUCCAAGUAUGGAACUGCCGGAGAUCUAUAUGGAGAGUGUUGCAACCGAGAUCCCACCUGUGCUAUCUACUGUCCUCGGUGCUAUGCAAGACCUUCACGAAAACUUACAAGAACAAAUGUUGACUCGUGUCUUGAUCCCAACGCUGCGAGGCUCUGUAGUCAACAACACGCGGUGGUUGAAGUUGCUUUGUCGACACUUGAACAUGCCAGACGUCGAGCUUCCGUCUAUGCCUCUCAAGUUGCGCUUCCUCACACAGCUUCUCAGCUAUCCAAGCUUCAUCCCGGCUUCAAUACUAGACUUCUGGCUGCAGGUCUACAGGUCUACCUACGAUCCGUCCACCGACAUCGCCUUCAUCACAAAACGUAUCGAAGAAGACUCAGAACUCCGUACUUCAAAUGCCGGAAAGCAUUGGCUGUCACUCUUCUCUGGCCAAGCAGUCCCCAAUCUCACAGUAGAUGAUCCAUUUCGCAAACUUCUACACACGGACGACUGGAAACAGAAACCCGGCGGGCCUUCGAUCUCCCAAAUCCAGAACAUCGUACUUCAGCACGCGGAGCUCUUGCUUCAUAAAGCCGGACCUGACUUCAAGGACUGGGAGGCCUUCAUCAAGUACUACAAGUCGCCUUCAUGGGUCGUGAGAAUAGAACCUGCUUGGACGUUAUAUUACCAGAAUCAACGACCACUCGUCGAAGAAAUCUAUAACCGCAUUGAAGCAAUGAGGACAGAUGAGUGGCAGAGAAACCUGGAUCGUUCUCCAGUUGUCUUACCUGAUACUUUCAAUCUACGAAUGUGGCUCCUGAUCAAAGACAGCGAAAAUAACCCCGAAGAACAAUUCAUCCGCGGCGUCGAAACUCUCGUGGAGGAAAUCGGUUCUUCACAAAGGCCUGGUGCUCAGCAUUACAAAGAUCUCGUCGUCUUCGUCGGCGGACAAAGUCUGCCUUGGGAAGCCCAGGCUAAGUUAGCGUUAAAUCUUGGAGAUCUGAAAGCUUGUGAGCGUGGGGGAGAAGGGCUAUUCGAUAGGACGAGCUAUGCGCGUGUGGAUUUUGCGAAGAGGAUGGUGGAGAGUUUGGCGAAGCCUCAGGGUGUGGGGUUGAGGAAUCGGGUUGUGGAUAUGGUGGAGAGUUGGGUUGGGUGUUUUGAUGAGGAGAUUAGGAUGAUGGGGUUGAGGUUGAGGAAUGUUACGGAUGCGGAUCGAUACUGGAAGAAUGAGAAGUGGUAUUUGGUGAGGGUGGAGGAGUGA